AUGGUUUCUGGGUUGGUGAAAUUCACCGGAUUAUCGACGAGGUUAUUGAACAUAUGCGUUGAUUCUCUCUGCAAAUUCCGGAAACUGGAGAAAGCCGAAUCAUUGAUCAUAGACGGAAUCAGAUUAGGUGUUGCUCCCGAUGUCGUCACUUACAACACACUGAUUAGUGGCUACUGUCGAUUCGUCGGUAUCGAAGAAGCUUACGCCGUGACCCGUAGGAUGAGAGACGCCGGAAUUAGACCAGACGUCGCCACGUACAACUCUCUUAUCGCCGGAGCAGCGAGACGGCUGAUGCUGGAUCGUGUCCUCUACCUGUUCGACGAAAUGCUUGAGUGGGGAAUAUAUCCUGAUUUGUGGAGCUACAACACUUUGAUGUGCUGUUACUUCAAGCUAGGGAAACAAGAAGAAGCCUUUCGUGUUCUUCACAAGGAUCUUCAGCUCGCUGGGCUAAGUCCCGGUCCCGAUACAUACAACGUUCUCCUCGAUGCUCUUUGCAAAUGCGGUUACAUAGACGAUGCUCUCGAGCUUUUCAAGGAGAUGAAGACUAGGUUUAAACCCGAGCUCAUGACUUAUAACAUUUUAAUCAACGGGCUCUGUAAAUCAAGAAAGGUCGGUACAGCGAUAUGGAUGCUAACAGAGCUCAAGAAAUCGGGUUACACUCCGAACGCAGUUACAUACACAACGAUACUGAAGCUGUAUUUCAAGACCGGGAGGAUUCGAAGAGGGCUUCAGCUGUUUCUUGAGAUGCAAAGAGAAGGCUAUACUUACGACGGGUACGCUUAUUUCGCGGUGGUAAGCGCGUUGAUUAAGACGGGAAGGACGAGAGAGGCGUACGAGUAUAUGCAAGAGCUUGUUAGGAAAGGUAGGAGGCAUGACAUUGUUUCGUACAACACGUUGUUGAAUCUGUAUUUUAGAGACGGGAAUUUAGAUGCUGUGGAUGAUUUGUUGGGGGAGAUUGAGAGGAAAGGGAUGAAAGCUGAUGAGUAUACGCACACGAUCAUUGUCAACGGUUUGUUGAGGACGGGACAGACGAAGAGAGCCUUUGUAAGUAUGGGAGAGAUGGGGAUUGGAUUGAGUCUUGUGACGUGUAACUGUUUAGUGGAUGGUUUGUGUAAAGCGGGUCAUGUGGACCGUGCGAUGAGGUUGUUUGAGUCGAUGGAAGUGAAAGAUGAGUAUACUUAUACUUCUGUUGUGCAUAAUCUCUGUAAAGAAACGAGGUUUGUCUGUGCUUCGAAGCUGCUCCUGUCGUGUUACAGUAAAGGGAUUAAGGUUCCGUCAUCGGCGAGACGAGCGGUUUUGUCCGGUUUACGGAUGUCGGGGUGUUACGGUGAAGCGAGGAUGGCGAAAGCCAAGAUGAAACUGACUCAGGUUGGGAAUUCCUGA